AUCAUCACAACAAACAGUGGAGAACGGUUGAACCGGCUGGAGAAACAUGGCUCCUACAGCAGAUUUGAUGACCGCGAUCAACUGGAGUCAGAUCAAAACCAGAACGAAAUUACAUACGGAGAACGACCGUGGUACUUUUCGAAUGGCGUCCGCUACCCGAAACCGGUACGCCGGAAUCGUAAAACUAACAAGCGAGUCGCCCGGUUGCUUCCGUCGGAAACAUCUCGAAGCGAUCGGAUCACCAACCAGCUGAUGUUUGUUCCCCCGAACUACGAGUCGAUCAAGCGGAAGGGUAAGCUGAAAACGAUUCUCCUCUACAAUGGACUGGGGCCGUGGAACGUGAAGGCGGGCCGAGAAGUGUUCCUGAAUGCCAAAUGUCCGGUGUCUACGUGCAGCAUUACGGCCGCCCGCGAUAAAGCUGUCACGGCCGAUUUGAUACUGUACAAGGAUCAUUACAUCCCGCCAGCCGUGCCACGAUCCGCGCGGCAGAUUUAUAUGAUGUACUUCCUCGAAUGUCCGUACCACACUCAGCACGUCAAGUUCCCGGAUGUGUUCAACUGGACGGCAACCUAUAGGAAGGACAGCGAUGUGGUGGCUCCGUACGAGAAGUGGGAAUACUUUGAUCCCCGAAUACGCCAGGCCGAGCAGGAUCGCAACUACGCUCUGAACAAAACACGCAAGGUGGCUUGGUUUGUGUCGAACUGUGGGGCUCGCAAUGGUCGACUGCAGUACGCUCACGAGCUGCAAAAGCACAUUCAGGUGGACAUUUACGGAGCCUGUGGGACCUAUAAAUGCUCCCGAUCUACGGCAGACAAGUGCUUUGAGAUCCUCGAUCGGGAUUACAAGUUCUACUUAGCGUUUGAAAAUUCCAACUGUAAGGAUUACAUAACGGAAAAAUUCUUCGUCAAUGCCUUAAAUCGCAACAUUCUGCCGAUCGUGAUGGGUGCCCGACCUGAAGAUUAUGAGGCCAGUUCACCACAGAAGUCAUACAUCCACGUCGAUGAGUUUGCAUCACCCAAAGAGCUAGCAGAGUACCUCAACAUUCUGGAUAGGAAUGACGAGUUGUACAAUUCGUAUUUCAAGUGGAAAGGCACCGGGGAAUUUAUCAACACCUUUUAUUGGUGUCGCGUUUGUUCGCUUUUGCAUGAUGAAGCCUCCUUCCAGAAGCCGAAAUGGUACGAAGAUAUCAACGACUGGUGGCGAGGGCCUGGUGUCUGCACGGACGGAUCGUGGCGAAACUACAGAGCUCGAAAGGAUCCCAUCAGCGAAGAAUAGCACAAGAGAAAAGGAUAAUCAAAACUUUUCUUUCCUUAAACAAGCAUUUAUUUGCGAUAUUCGAUCGUGCAACAUAUUUCCAUAGUUUAGAUAUUUGAAUUCAAUAAAUGAUAGUUUCGUUAACAACAUAGGAAUAAAAGGAAACGGUCUAGUCGAAUCUCAUGAAACGUUGUGGGUGUGAGCAAUUAAAAAAAACGGAAACGGACAAGAUCUGAUGUCUUGAAUAGCGCGAUAUCUUAACGAAAUAUGCGCAUAACUUAUGGUUAGAACGUUGAUUGAACGUUCAUUGCUAGAGAAACAAUCUUAGGUAUGAGUUAAGAUGAUGAUGUGAUUGAUGGUAUUUAUUCAAAGUUUUUGUUGUUGAAUUUUAGUUUAUUUUAUUUUAAUUUUAGUUAUAAAAAGAACCCACAAUUAACAGUAUUGUACUGAGACAAUACGGAAUCAAAUUCUUCUGGCACUGAACUGAAACGAAGGAGAGAAAAAUCUCAAGACCCGCGUCUGUGACCAAAGAUCAUUUUAUAGGUACAUCUAUCAAGUAAAAUCGAACGUUCACUCAUAAGACUUUAAAACUCAUUCCAUCUAGAAUCUUAACAGUAAGAUAUUCCUUUUUUCGACUAUAAUUAUUUCAAUCUUCUAAUAAAUAUAAAUAAACCGAAACGCAAUUCUUUCAAAUAUUAACUUUAUCAAUUAGGAACCAAAAAUUCGUUUCGAACAGAUAAUAACGCGAUUUGAGACAUGCAUGACCGAGGUGAAACAACCAAACAAAAAUACAUUAUAAAACAAAACAGAAAUGCCUGAACAAUUGAAAAAAAAAACAAAAAUAUUAACUUUGUCUUAAUAUGGAGAAGAACUAAAAUACGAGCGAAUCCCAACGAAAAGACGGGAGUCUGUGUGAGUUAAAUCAUAUUUGGAAACAAUGGUAAUUCUUCUCACUACUUUCUGGGAAGAACCAAUUUAUGUUAAUCGUAUUGGAUUAUUUCAAAGGAUAAUAAAAUAAGAUACAUCA